AUGAAGUUCUUCAAUGCCUUGCUCUACGGAGCUCUCCUCUUCUCAGAGGUGUCAGCUGCCAAGAAGUUGACAGCCAGCCAAGUCGAAGGUGACAUUAAAAAGUCCAAACUUCGAAAGACUCUUGUAGACCUUAACAACAUCGGCAAGAAGCACGGCGGCAACCGAGCCUUUGGUCUCCCCGGCUACAAGGCUUCCGUCGACUACAUCUACAAGGAGCUCAAGAAGCACAAGAAAUACCUCGACACUCACAUUCAACCCUUCAACUACACUUUUGAGCAGACGAGGGAUAUUCAGGUGCGAGGACCUGACGGCGAGGAUGUCUAUGUCAUCACUCUCAUCUACAACGUCGGCACGCCUGCAGGUGGUGUGACUGCUCCUCUGGCCCUUGUGCCAAUUGACGACACCCGCGGAUCUGGAUGCUUCGCCGACCAGUGGGAGGGCGUUGAUGCCAAGGACAAGCUCGUUCUCGUCAAGCGUGGUUCAUGUGCCAUCUCGGACAAACUCAAGCUCGCAAAGAAGGCUGGUGCUCGUGGCGUUCUCCUUGUCCACAACGCUCCUGGUGAGGGUAUCACCAGUGCUACACUCAGCGCUGAGAACCUGGAGCUCAUUGUCCCUGUUGGCGUUAUUCCUCAGGAGGUCGGAAAUGCUUGGAGGAAGCGCAUUGAGGGUGGCGAGUCGCUCGAGGUCACUUUGCUGGUGGACUCGUUCUAUGAGACUCGAGAGACCUGGAACAUUAUCGCCGAGACAAAGCAGGGUGACCCUAAGAAUGUUGUCAUGAUGGGUGCUCAUCUUGACAGUGUCCAGGAAGGCCCAGGUAUCAACGACGAUGGUAGUGGAACAGCUGGUAUUCUCGAGAUUGCCAAGUCUUUCACCAAGUACACUGGUUAUAAGAACAAGGUCCGCUUCGCUUGGUGGGGUGCCGAAGAGAGUGGUCUUGCUGGCUCUUACUUCUACGGCGAGCAGUUGACUGAGAAGGAAGCUGACAGCAUCCGAUUCUACUUCAACUACGAUAUGAUCGGUUCUCCCAAGCCCCAGUACUGGGUGCAAGCCAGCAAGCCCGCUGACAGAGUUGGUGGAGAUAUCCUCGCUGCUUGGCUCCGCAAGAAGGGCAAGACCGUCGAGUGGGAAGAGUUUGGUGAAUCCUCCGAUUACGCCGCCUUUAUCGCCCUCGGUAUCCCCUCAUCCGGUAUCUUCACCGGCGCCGACGCAGAGACCGACCCAUGCUACCACUUGGCCUGCGACACCAUCGAGAACAUCCACUGGGACGCCCUCACCCUCAACACCAAGACCGCUGGUCGCGCUGCUGCUCAGUUUGCGCUCAGCCUCAAGGGUGUUCCUGCGCGUGACAAGACUACUCCUAACCCCAAGAACAAGCGGGCUAUUGCUGCGCGUUUUGAGUUGUGGCAGAAGAAGAGGACUCUUGCUAGCAACUCGCACAAGUGUAACCACAAGACCAAGGAGGUCGUUUAAGUAGGAGUUUGUUGAGUUGGGAAGAGAGUUGAGAUGAGUGAUGAUGAGAUGAGAUGAUGAUGAAUAUUCGUGUAUAUAGUAUAAUUACAGUUUGAGUAUUAUUUUGUGAUUAUUACAUGUUGUUUUAUGCAUUAUUUCGUGACUCGUAAGGGAAUGCCCGGUCGCUCAUGCCAUCAUAAACACCAUCAGCCAUAUGUUUCUUUUGAUCCAUCUGCCUCCACCUGACAAACAACGACUAUGUCUGUCACUCAUCAAACACACUCAUAUCUCAAAGCCCACUCACAACGUAAUCCAUCACCGAUAAGUUCGAGGAAGAUUCGAAGCUGCCCUCCUAGGAUUGGGAAUAGGAAUCGCUCUAUAAGUGGGAAACUUUGGUCCCCCAGGAACCUGCUCUCUUUGCGCAGCCGGAGGCGGAUACUGCACCGGCACAGGCCUAGGAAUAGCAACAGGCACAGGCCUCGUCCAACCCUCAUGCGGCAUCACAACCGACCAAUCAUCUUCCGAACCAGAGUAGCUGCGAUAACUCCUCCUUAUCUUGACCUGUUUCCUCGGUCGACGACAGCAGCAGCAUACCACGACGAAAGAGAGGAUAAAAAACCCAACGACAGCUCCGACGAUGGCGCCGAUUUCAGCACCGCUGAGACCAUCGCCACUGUGCUGGGAUGGGACUGCGACGGGACGGUCCGUAGCUGCAGCCGACACCACGCCUAGUGUGACGUGCGUGGUGUAAGUUGUGGACGGGAGCUCAACCGUCUGAGUUAUGACUUGGGCCUCUUGGCGGAUGACCAUGUGGGGAACGACCAUGAUGAGACAAAUGUGAAGAAGUGAAGGUAUUC